UGUGUCAUGUCGUCGCGGAUUGACGGACGGGGUGAUGGUGGAUUUUUGUAAUUUGACGAUCGUGAUUCUCUGUUAAAGUUUUUCUUUGUUACAUAGCUAGUAACAUAAAAUAUUUUUUCCCCCAAAUGAUUGUCCAUAAAUAUGUGAUCACGCGCGUUUGUGUACAUAUAAAAUUAUUAGAAGAAUGUAAAUGAUCAGCAUGUGUCACCAUUCAUCAACAAAUGGUACAGUGGUGCAGUGAGCAGUCAUGUGAAGAAGGUUAUGACUAUCAGCUAGAAUUAGGUGUAACUACUAGUGUUUGUGUUGUGAGCAAGUGUUUAGUUCUUGUAUAGUGAAGGUGAUAAAUUGAGUCUCAAAAUGGCGGACCUCGAGGCUGUGCUGGCAGACGUCAGCUACUUGAUGGCUAUGGAGAAGUCGAAAUGCACUCCAGCAGCACGAGCUAGCAAAAAAAUCAUUUUACCAGACCCAAGUGUACGGAGUGUAAUGCACAAAUACAUGGAGAAGAAGAAUGAAGUAAAUUUUGACAAAAUAUUUAAUCAAGUUUUAGGUUAUUUAUUAUUUAAGGAAUUUUGUGAACAGACGUCAGAGGAGCCCGUGCCACAAUUAAAAUUUUAUGAAGAGAUAAAAUUAUAUGAAAAACAAGAAUGUCUAGAAGAAAGACGGCGGAUCGCGAGAGAUAUAUAUGACAAUUUUAUUAUGAAGGAACUAUUAGCACAUUCGCAUGAUUAUUCUAAGGAAUGUGUAGCGCAUGUACAAAAAUAUUUAAUGAAGCAUGAAGUGCCACCAAACCUAUUUGAGCCAUACAUUGAGGAAAUUUUCCAACAUCUACGAGGAGAGCCGUUCAAAAAUUUCUUAGAAAGUGAUAAAUACACAAGGUUUUGCCAAUGGAAAAAUUUAGAAUUAAACAUUCAGCUUACGAUGAACGACUUCAGUGUUCAUCGCAUCAUCGGUCGAGGUGGCUUCGGCGAGGUGUAUGGCUGUCGGAAAGCGGACACAGGGAAGAUGUACGCAAUGAAGUGCCUCGACAAGAAACGUAUCAAGAUGAAGCAGGGAGAGACGCUAGCACUGAACGAGAGGAUUAUGCUCUCUCUAGUCAGCACCGGGGUGGACUGUCCGUUCAUCGUGUGCAUGACUUACGCGUUCCACACACCUGAUAAGCUGUGCUUCAUACUGGACCUUAUGAAUGGUGGUGACCUGCACUACCAUCUGUCUCAACACGGUGUCUUCAACGAGGCAGAGAUGAAGUUCUACGCCGCUGAAGUUAUACUUGGUCUGGAGCACAUGCACAAGCGGCACAUAGUGUACCGGGACCUGAAGCCGGCCAACAUCCUACUGGAUGAACACGGUCACGUCAGAAUAUCCGAUCUCGGCCUCGCCUGCGACUUCUCGAAGAAAAAACCACAUGCCAGCGUCGGCACGCACGGCUACAUGGCUCCGGAGGUGCUCUCAAAGGGCACGGGCUACGACUCAUCAGCUGAUUGGUUCAGCUUCGGCUGCAUGCUCUACAAGCUGCUUAAAGGGCACUCGCCCUUCCGCCAGCACAAGACCAAGGACAAACACGAGAUCGACCGCAUGACUCUUACCAUGAAGUACGACGUGUUCCAGAACGUGGAGCUGCCGGAGUCGUUCAGCCCGAGCCUCAAGAGCCUGCUGGAGGGGCUGCUGCAGAGGGACAUCAACAAGCGGCUCGGGUGCAAGGGACGGGGCGCGGACGAGGUAAAGGAGCACGUGUUCUUCGCGGGCAUCGACUGGCAGCAGGUGUACCACCAGAAGUACACGCCGCCGCUGAUCCCGCCGCGCGGCGAGGUCAACGCCGCCGACGCCUUCGACAUCGGCAGCUUCGACGAGGAGGACACUAAGGGCAUCAAGUUGACAGAAUCCGACCAGAUGCAGUACAAGGACUUCCCGCUGGUGAUCUCGGAGCGCUGGCAGGCUGAGGUGGCGGAGACGGUGUUUGAGACAAUCAAUCAAGAAGCUGAUAAGAUGGAGCAGAAGCGUAAGGCCAAGCAGAAGCAGAAGUUCGACGCUGAUGAGAAAGAGUCGGACUGUAUACUUCACGGCUACAUAAAGAAGCUGGGAGGUCCGUUCGCGAGCGCGUGGCAGACGCGCUAUGCCAAGCUGUACCCCAACCGGCUCGAGCUGCACCUCGAGAACAGCGCCAAGCCGGAGAUGAUACUGCUGGACACGGUCGAAGAGGUGUCCUCCGACCUCGUGUCCGUCAAGGGCGAGCAGUGCAUCGUGCUGCGGACGAGGAACGAUACCAAGAUCGUGCUCACUAACACGGAUGAAAUCGGGUUGAAGGAGUGGGCCUUGUCGCUGCGCUCGGCGCACAAGAGCUCGCAGGACCUGCUGGCGUCGAUGGCCAAGAAGGCGGGCAAGAUUUACGGCACGGACGGCGCCAAGGAGGGCGCGCUGCCGCGGCCGCCGCCGCCCGCCGCCUCGCCCGCGCUGGCGCGCGCCCCCAACGGGAGCAACUAGCACGAACUUGCGCCCAACAAGGGCGCAAAGAUGUUCCGCCGCUCCAAGAGCGCCGCGCAGCUCAUCAAGUGAGGGACGAUACUGCGUCAUACUGAGUGAUGUGCCGUCAGUGUACGCGUGCGCGCGCGCCCGCUCCGAGCGUAACGACUAUAGUGACAUUAGGACUGCCAAUUAUUACUAAAUAAAUGCUAUUCGCAUUUUAUUGUUGUACGAAUUAAUGUGAUAGGACCGAUCAAAUUUAAUAAAAUGUAUAAAUAAUAUUUCGUUUACCUACAGUGAUUUUCGAUUGUGGAUAAAUAAUAAACUUUUGUAAUCAUUUGCACCGAUUGAAUUUUGUAAUUAUUAACGUAUCGUUCUGGAUGUUGUAUUUAACUUUGUAGAAUGUAUUGUAAAAAUUAAUAACUUAUAAAUCGAGUAGAUAAGCAUAGCGAUUAUAUUAUAUGUGUUUGUGCAAUAGAUCAAAAAUAAUGUAAUUAAAUUGCAACUUAUAAUAAUGGUGAGAUCGAUCCAUGAAACUUAGAAUGUCUUGACGAUUUUGGCGCAAAAUGUUCGUUGUGCGUACUAUUAUAGAAGCUUCGACUUUCGAUUUAAAUCGUAAUUAGAAAUUCUAGCACUUGUUUAAAUUUCCGACUAUUGCACACAAGUAAUAUUGUAUGAUAAUGUUUCUUUGUCUGGUGGCUCUCUUAUACAGGUACUGACGGCGCCGCGGGCAACACGCCGCGACCGUCCGCGCGAUUUGCAUUGUUUAA